AUGACCAUCAGCCAGACGCUCACACCGGAGAACGUUCCUCUGGGAAUUGGACCACCCACCCGCGAGGAGUUACUCGUUCACUACCCCGCCAAAUUCACCUGGAAGCAACUGAAGACCUUCGUUAACUCGGGCGAUCUUGGGCUCCUGAAGCGGGACAAGAAGCUGCAGAUCAGAUACGAUGCAUGGGCCAAACGGAUCCGGGCACAGUAUGACUCCACGGUGAACUACCUUCUCUGCAAGCGCUUGCGAUGGGGAGAACCGGAUAGCCAGUCGAGCCUUCCUUCUCGACUGGACCAAGAUCGUUCUGCUCCUAGUGGAUUACACGUCUCUGACAGGAUUCCCGCGGAGCUUCCUUCCAUUCCUGCCGACUCUCCCGAAUAUUUUAUCGCAGAUACUCCCCCGGAGCUGAUCAGUGUUAUCAUGAACGAUUGGCCGUAUUCAGUCCCUCCGGAAAUCGAACACACUCUCAUCUGGACGCGUCUCCCUAUAUUUCCGCCGUCGCUUCCACCCUCGGUCGCACCUCGGCUGCUGCAGGACGGGAUGUGGGGUUUCACAGGCAACACAGAACCCCCUCCUUCGCCAAGCACACUACCAGAGUGCCUGCCUGCGCUCGCAGAUUGGAACGUCAGUUUGGACAAGCUCGUGCGCUCCCCGCCUGGAACGGAGGAAGAGGAAGCACUCGUGCGCGAGGCUGGGAGUGAAAUUGCUGAAUUUGUGAGGCGGCGGUGGAAGGAGGACGAGUGGGAGACGGCGUGGUUUGUAAACCCUCCUAGAUUGCAGAGUGUUCCAGGUUUGGCGCACAUCCACGUUUUUGCCAGAUAUAAGUCGCUCGAAGAGAAAGUAAAAGCAUGA